ACGGCUGCGCUCCGCCAUUGAGGGAGUUACGAUCCCGAGGAAAGGGUCAGGAGCGAGCAAGAGAAAGAGGCGCUCCGUCGACACCGCACGGUCUCGCGUUCCUCCGUCGGAUUAUUAAAAAACGCGAAUAGCGGGAGCAGUCUACGGAUACUCUCAUUGCAUUCCUGUGCUUUAGCACCGCGUGUCGCCGCCGUCUUCGAGGGACAAAAUUAGAAGAAGUAACGGACGGCAAAGCGAGGGGAGCUAACGCUAGCUGGCUAGCUGCUCACGGGAGCUCCCGAGGGGAGGGGGUGGGGGGAUUCUCGACGACUUUCGUUUGAUGGAUCCGCGAAUCGCCUGGUUCCAACCAGAACAACGCGGACCCGCCAACAACCUGUGGAUGCAGAUCUGGGAGACGACACAAGGGCUCGGCUACCUGCACGUCAACAACAGCUUCGGCAUCCUGAAAGCGAGCCUCAGCGCGGCGUCGGGAGCCGUCCUCUUCGCCGCGGCUGGGACCGGGCCGCACGAGUCGACCAUGACGAGUCCCACCGGGGACGGAGAGCUCAUGGAGCAGCGGGACUUUCUGCCGCUGGAGACCGGCAACCGUAACUAUCGUGCGGUCGCGCCCGGCAGCAGGGGCCCGGCGGACGGGCACCCGAGCAAGAGGAAACGGGACAACAAGGCGAGCACUUUCGGAUUCAACUCUAGCCUCGUGAACGAUGGCCCCGGUACGGAGGGCCGCGACGGCUACACGGGCACGCCGUGGAAAAGCAGGAAGUACUCUGAAGGAGUCGUGGGAUUACAUGAAGAGAUUGGAGACUUUUACGCCUACAUCUCACCAAGGCCAGAGGAGGAGAAGAUGAGGCUGGAGGUGGUGGACAGAAUAAAAGGAGUCAUCCACAACCUUUGGCCAAGUGCUGAGGUGCAGGUAUUUGGAAGCUUCAGCACGGGCCUGUAUUUGCCAACAAGUGACAUUGACUUGGUGGUAUUUGGAAAGUGGGAAACACUCCCCCUGUGGACACUGGAAGAGGCUCUCCGGAAAAGGAAUGUGGCUGACAAGAAUUCCAUCAAGGUUCUGGACAAAGCCACGGUGCCCAUCAUCAAACUGACAGACUCCUACACAGAGGUCAAGGUGGACAUCAGCUUCAAUGUGAAGAGCGGCAUCAAAGCAGCGUGCCUCAUCAAGGAAUUCAAAGAGAAAUACCCCGUGCUGCCUUACCUGGUCCUGGUGCUCAAGCAAUUCCUUCUACAGAGGGACCUCAACGAGGUUUUCACUGGAGGAAUUGGCUCCUAUAGCCUCUUCCUCAUGGCUGUCAGCUUCCUGCAGCUCCACUACAGGGAGGACGUGUGCAGCCCCAACAUCAACUUUGGGGUGCUGCUCAUUGAGUUCUUUGAGCUCUACGGGCGGCAUUUUAACUACUUGAAAACAGGGAUCCGGAUAAAAGACGGUGGCUGCUACGUGGCCAAAGACGAGGUUCAGAAAAAUAUGAUGGACGGUUACAGGCCCUCCAUGCUCUACAUCGAGGACCCGCUGCAGCCAGACAAUGACGUCGGCCGCAGCUCGUAUGGUGCAAUGCAGGUGAAGCAGGCGUUUGACUACGCCUAUGUAGUGCUCAGUCAUGCCGUGUCUCCCAUCGCCAAAUUCUACCCCAACAACGACACAGAGAGUAUACUUGGCCGAAUCAUCCGUGUGACUCAAGAGGUGGACGAGUACAGGGAUUGGAUCCAAAAGAACUGGGGAAUCCCAUCCCAGAAGGACCUGCCGCUCAACCGAAAUGACGUGAACCUGUUCGAGUCCCAGCAGCUGGACCAAUGCAACAACAACGUUCCCGAUGAGGAGGAUGCAGACGUGGUCGUGAUCCUGCCAACAAGGAUCAAAACCUCGUCUUCCAACUCGUCCUCACCGUCUCCUUCCCUCCACUCAUCGCCGUCCUCGUCCCCUCUGUCGCACUCCACCACGUCCUCCAGUGACGGGGACUCUGACGGCACACCAUGCAAGACGGCCAAGCAGCAGUCGGGUCGUGCUGCCACCGCCCACAGAGAAAAGUCAACCGUGGUGACCAAUCACCGAAUGCAGAACCGCAUGAACAGCAUCCCAGCUGGGGGCAACAAAGGAGGAAAGGCCCGUUCUCAGCACAAGGGCAGCCAGCAGAGCUCCCCUCGUUCCUCCGGAAACAGCAAAGGUCACCCAAGUAACCGGCCGCACCACCAGGGCAAUGGCAAGAAGAGGAAAAACGUACGGGACUCUGCACCAGAGGAGCUCUGCAGAUAGGGAAGUAGCCUCGUUUCCCCUCCCUUGACUUUUUAUAGGAGGAACAAAAUGAGGAGAACGGGCAAUUUUCUUUUUACGAGCCAGCACCCCAGUGCUCAGUCUGCCUCUUGCACCUCCUGAUGUACAGGAAAGGAAGCUUCCCUUUUGGAGCAAUACACCACAGACUUCCGCUGUUGGGGGGAAAAAAAAGUUUAUAUAAAAAUGGGGAAAAAAAUAGAAACUGCUUCAAAUGUACAAAAAAAAAUUAUUAUUUUUUUUUUUAAAUGACAGCAUUGAGGUGUAACUUAUGCAUGAUUUUUUUGGGAUGAUUUUUGUUGUUAUGUCUGAACAGGUCAUAUGACAAUUUCUAGGAAAAAAAACAAAAAAGAAAAAAAUAAGAAAUUGUUUCAUAGGAUGAUCUUUUUACGAAAAACAAAAAAAAAUGCACCUGCAUCUUUUUUUUCCUUCGCGGGUGUCUCAUCGUCAUGCCAACAUGACCAAUCAUUGUCAUCAGCAUCCAUCUUUUUACUGUCGGUGUUUGUUAACUUUUUGGUCAUCGCACUUGUCUAUAUAUGUCAGGGUUUCCCCAACUUCUUCCACACGUUCUGAACUGCAACACGUGCUGUACAAAUACGGAAAACACUAAACACAAUGAAUAAAUAUCAAUAGAACAGCAACCAUUCUGGGGGCCCCUGACUCCACAGUUUGGGAAACCCUGCCUUAUAAGGUGGAAAUUAAGAUGAAUUUACAUGAUUUUAUUGACAUACAUGAGCAAAAUGUGUUAGAGAUACAAUUGUGGCGAAAACAAAAUCACAUUUAUUUGUUAAAAUAUAUUUAUUUUUUUAUGAAUAUAAAGAUAGUAUAUGGAUAUAUGGACAAAUAUAUACAAUGGGAACCCUUUGAGGAAGGCUAUGUUUAGAUGCUGCGAUGUGGGCGCGGUUUAAUCAGGUUCAACGACAACAAAUAUGUUUUUCCUUCAUAAAUGUUAUUGGCAGUUGUGUGACCAAGUUGAUGAGUGUGAGAGACCAUUUUACGAGUCAUGAGGAUUUCUUGUUUUGUUGGAUUUUAAUAUUUUGGGUAGACCGGGAGAUGUUUUUUGUGUGAUUCGAAACAGAAUUUUCCUAAACGUGCUCACAUAAAAAGCAGCACACAUUAAUUUAUUAUGACUUCUGCCACGAAAAUGUUUGAAUGAUCAAUAAAUACCUCAAAACACCCCCCUUACAAACUCGAAAUUGGGGAUUCCUGCUUUAAAAAGCCACACCAAUUCAGAUGUCUUCAGUAAUUGCAAUACGGCGUUUGACCUGUUGGUGGCAUAAGUAGCCCACUGUGAAACCACAACUCUUGGAGCUUGACUACUGCAUUUAAAUUUUCACUUUUUCCAACUUAGUUAUUACCAAUAUUGAAAAAUAUAUCUUUCCACGAAUACCAGCAAAUAUCGGCCGAAAAAAAAUCUUAGCAGCCAUUUUCAAUGCAAUACUGAGUUUGAAUGCAGUACUAGCGUUGUGGUAUAUAUUGACAUGGAGGUAUGUUAACUUUAAUAAUAAUAGUAGUACGGGACAAAGUUGGGUGGGGGGGUUAUCCAAAGUGAAGGGUUUGGUCGUGUUUCGUGUGAAUGUCCCGACGAGAACACAAACCUUUCUGGGCGUCGAGGAAGGUUCCCAACUAUACCGACUGUAUCGUCUUUGCUGCUUUUCACCAAUUUCAUGCAAUAAAAAAAACAAACAACAACAAA